UCACUCAAUGAAGAAAGGUACGUUCAUAAGAAUGGAUUUUGUUUUUCAAGAAUUAAUAUUUUGUUGUCUUGUACUCGCAGGAGCAUCUGCUCUGAAUAGUGGUCUUGAAAAACAAGAAUCAAGUACGCACCCAUUGAUGGCAACUCGUACGAAAAGAGAGGUUUCGGAAUUGCUUAACAACAGCGCAAAUGGAACUGAUGAAGACAUAAAGGAAUGUACGCGAAAAGUUGACCUCGGGUUUUUGAUAGACAGUUCCGGCAGCGUCAAGGAGGAGGAUUUUGAAAGAAUGAAAACAUUCGUGAAACGUCUUACUGACCAUUUCAAGAUUUCACCGAAUUUCACAAGAGUGGCUGUGAUAACGUACAAUUCGCGUAUAAAUGUGCGUUUUCUAUUUUCUCAACUGUUUGAAUCUCAAAAUGAGUUGGAUACAGCAAUCGAUGAAAUUGGAUAUACUGGAGGUGGCACCAACACAGGUGCAGCGUUGACUAUAGCAUAUACGGUCAUGUUUAAUCCUGUUAACGGCUGUCGUCUUUCAGAUGCAGAGAAAAUCUUAAUAUUGUUAACUGACGGGGAAAGUUUUAGCUCUGUUGAAGAACCAUCUCAGCAACUAAAGAACAUUGGCGUAACCAUAAUCACUGUUGGAGUAAUUACUGAUCGUUUUUCGGUUCUACAAUUGGAAAGAAUGGCGUCAUGUCCGCUGACAGAUCAUUACCAUCUUUUGCACAAUUUCACUGAGUUUUUCUCUUUGGGUUUGGCAGAGAAGAUAUCCUCAUCAACGUGCAAUGCAAGCUCGUACAGAGUUCUAUGUGAGAAACAUAACAUCACAGUGGUGAUUGGAAGGAACGAUGUAUCGCAUCUUGAUCUUGACAACCUGCAUCUUGCUGACAGCACGUGUAAAGCAAAAUACAACGAAACACAUGUGUAUAUCACAACUGGAUUGAACGAAUGUGGAACGACGUAUUUUGAGAGGGGACAGAAAAUGCAUUAUAAUAAUACCUUGAGAACAUCUGACUCAGAAAUUGGAAAGGAGGGUUCAUUUGCAUAUCAGUUUAGUUGCACUUACGGUCGUUCAAGAAAUAUCAGUGGAUUGCAAUUUCAACGUUCGAAACAAGUUGUCGAAGUCACACAACAAAAUACUUUGAACACUGACUUUUCAGUAAGACUCGAAUCUUAUGCAGACCCUACAUGCCCCUCUACUUCAUAUGAAGACUUUCCUGCCUUCAAAAGCUUGAAUGAACGUAUCAACAUUCUCUAUGAUGUUGUCUUUAAAACGAGGAAAUUUCACAUAUUUGUACGCGCCGAAACGUGCCGUGCAACACCAAGUAACAAUUCUGAUGAUAGGCCUCAAUAUGAAUUUAUAUCCGAUGGGUGA